GCGCGGCUCGGCUCGGACACGCGGAGAAGAUGGCGGCGGCCUUGGAGCGGAGUUUUAUUGAAAUAUGCGGCUUCGAGCGGGAGACAGCUUCCCGCUCACAACACCGAGAUGUGACUGUGAAUCUCGGACUUUCGGCUUUUGCUGGCGGGCUUAAGUUUCCUGACAAUGCCGGUGCAUUUCACUACAAGGAGAGUGCAAAGCCCACUUCAGUCACCAGCAACCGCUUCAUCCACUGGUCCACUUCUGGUGACACCCUGCAGCUUAUGGAAAAGUCGCUUGACGCCAACCUGCUCAACAAUUCUGUCAAGCUCCACUUCACACACUGCUUGCUGCUGCCUGGAGGGGUCACUAUUCAUGAAACCCCCAACAAUGUCAUCAUUUUGAUUGCCACCACCCAAAGUGUUCACCGUUUCCUGCUGCCUCAUCCAGCGCGCAUGUACCGUAGUGAUUUGGUGACUGAGAUGCACAUGCAGUCCAUCUUUACUGAUGUGGGGAAAAUAAGCCUGCAUGACCCAUCCAACAGCAUUGCUAUUCCUAACUUGAUAUCCCAUACUGGGGUUCCCAGCACUGCUGCUGCAUGGCUUGGUGACCUAGGAGAGGCUCACUUCGCUCUCGCAUUGGCCACAGGGGGUAUCACGGUUGUUACAGUACCAACAGCGCACACCCAAGGGGGGGUAUCAGUUGUGGAACUGAAGCGCAGCUCAGUGAUGCAGCGUCUUUCUGGCUGGAUGCCGAGUGCAAUCAGGGGCGAACAGAAUCCAGCAGAUGUUGCUGUCAACAUUGCAGUCCGAGAGGUCGAGGACGACUCCUUCAUCUUCGCCCUCUGCCAGGAUCAUAAACUCCGCAUGUGGUCACUCAGUGCACAAGUUUGCCUCCUGGAGUCCGACAUGCUGCAACACAUGCCUGCUUGCAAGGGUGUAAAGCGAGGGUCGGGUCAUGGUCAUCGGUUGCGCCUGUUUUAUUCUCCCUCCAUUGGGCUGUUGGUUGCCGUGUACCUUGCAGUACCACAGAGAGGACAGUUUGUCGUUCUGCAGCUGAGCGUCACUGACAAUAACCGAUAUUUCCUCGACCCACUCUCAUCUCAGUUCUGCAUUCAGGAGACUCUUGUCGACUUCACGCUGACCGCUACAGACAUCUGGGCUCUCUGGUUGGAUGACUCCAACACCACCAUUGUCAAAAACAUCAACUUUGAUCACAACUCGGCAGGUCAGUGGACCCAAGUGUUUGUUCAGCCACCUCCUGAGGAAGAAGUACCAAUCCGAGUAGACCAGGACCCUCGAGAAACGUACCUUGAUGUGCUCUUCUCUCCAUUGAGUUUUACAACAAGUGCCAUCGUCAAAGCCCUUCAGAUCUUCCGUCGAGGUUCUGAUGUAACCGACUGCUCAUGGGAGAAUCUGAAGAAGGAAGUCACCAUUGCAGUGGAGAACGAGCUUCAGAGUAGCUUGACAGAGUUCGAGUUCUCUCAGGAUGAGUAUCGGCAGCUGCAGGUGGAGUUCUGGUCCAAGUUCUAUGCCUGUUGCCUGCAGUACCAAGAGGCGCUGGCAACGCCGCUUGCUCUUUCGGUCAACUCUCACAAUGGCAUGGCCUGUUUGCUGAAAAAGGGAUUUGUGUCCUUCCUUUUGCCGUGUUUUGCCGUGGAUCACCUCUACUUUUCUUGUGCUGAGUACCUGACGUCUGAAGAGGAGAUGAUGCUGACUGACGACUCGGACCUGAACCGUGACAUCCUGCAGCUUGUUCAGUGCAUGCGGCUUGUCAACGGUGCCGUUUCCAGCGAGAUGGCUUACGAGAUGAAAAAGUGCUUGGAACAAGUGGAUUCACCGGAGAAAACAGCUGACUUGAUCUUGGAGAACAUCACCAUCUCCAAUGACAGUGAAAAUGUUAUAGAAGAAAUCCAGAACAAACUGCAAGUCGUCCGGAACCCUGGAGCAGCCAUGAUGGUUUUGCUGCGGGAGCUGGAUCUGGAGACUGAGACUGAGCUUGGAGGAGACACUUCAGUGGUCCCUGGACGAAUGGUCCCCCACCUGUACAGCAGCAGCACCGCAGCCUCGAUCAUCAGUCAGACUGUUGGUCACAUUAGUAUGACCAGAGAGCUUCUCUGCAGAGACCUGCUCAUCCUGCUGAAACUCUCUUUGUACCUCGGAGACAAUGUGUUUUUGGGCGGCGGAAUGCAGUUGUUGCAACUUCAGCAGGACUUGGUUCCUCGUUGCUCACAACUUCUGUCAUCUUAUCACCUCCUCGUACAUGUCAGUCAAAGUAUGACAUCAGCAGUUGCCUUGGAUGCGAUAGAUGCAAACCUGCAGCACCUGUCAGUUUUGCAGCUGUCUGACUCUCCUAGCAUCAACAUCGCCCCUUCAGCUCUGACCCCACAGACAUUGGUGGAGCACUUUUAUUUGAACGUUGCCAGGAAGAUUAUCGUCUUAUCUCAGCUAGAGAGUCCUCCAGCAGGGGGCGGGCUGCUGCAGUGGACCAACACGAUCUCCAACACCGUCAACCUUCUGUCACAGCUACUGUGGCCCAGUAAUGCUGGUUUCCAGUUCCCAGAGUGUCUGAUGGCCAACUGUCAGUUCAGUCAGCUGCAGGAAUAUGUUCGUCUCACCAGCUCCUGGUGCCAAGUCAACAUUGGCUCCUGUCGUUUCAUGCUGGGUCAGUGUUACCUGGCUAACGGGGAGGGUCACAAGGCUGUGCAGUGUUUCCAAGAGGCGUCCUCUGAGGUGGAGAAGGAAGAGUUCUUAAUGAGACUGACCGGUGGAGAGGAAGACGAAACACCCUCCACUCCCAGACUUCAGUACUUUAACAAGACCCUGAGACUGUUGGAGGAUGUGGGUCUUCCGGAGCAGGUGAUCCAGCUUGCCUUUCUUGUCUUGACAGAAGCAACUGACACAGCCAGUCAGGCUGCACUGUGGACUCGAAUAUUCAAGCAUCAUCUGGACCUUGGACACAACAGCCAAGCUUAUGAAGCCUUGAUCCAAAACCCAGACUCCAGCAUGCAGCUGGACUGUCUCCGUCAGUUGGUGGUGGUUCUGUGUGAGCGAUCGCAGCUUCAAGAUUUGGUCCAGUUUUCAUAUGUGAACCUCCACGAUGAGGUGGUCAGUAUCAUCGAGUCCCGGGCCCGGUGUUUGGACCUCCUCUCUCAUAACUACUACGAGCUUCUCUAUGCCUUCCACAUCAACAGACACAACUACAGGAAAGCUGGAACUGUGAUGUUUGAGCUGGGGAUGCGUCUGGGUCGGGAAGUGCCAACUCUAUUGGGCCUUCAGAAGCAGGUCAACUGCUACCUGGCUGCUCUCAACUGCCUCCGGCUCAUCCGGCCAGAGUAUGCCUGGAUCGUCCAACCUGCCUCUGGAGCUGUGUAUAAGCGUCCAGGAAUGUCUCCCAAGAGAGACGCGGAUGGAGAGCUGACGUGUGAGCCAGUGAAACGUCAGGUGGACAUUUUAGAAAUCAAGGACCUGGAGAAGGAGUACAUGCUCGCCCGCAGUCGGCUGACUCUGGCUCGGCAUCAUCCUCCUUCAGCUGCUAUCGCCGGAGGCGCCUCUGCAGAGGAGAUGGUAGCCCUGCUGACCCAAACAGGCCUUCUGGACUCCGCUCUGAGUCUCUGUCAGACCUUCAAAUUGCCACUGGAGCCUGUGUUUGAGGGUUUGGCUUUCAAGUGCGUUAAGCUCCAGUUUGGAGGUGAGAAGUGUCAGAACGAAGCCUGGAGCUGGUUGGCUGCCAAUCAGCUUUCAUCUGUUGUCAACACCAAAGAGUCCAGUGCAACAGACGAGGCCUGGCGCCUGCUGUCCUCCUACCUGGACAAAUACCCGUCACAUAACGGCAGUCACCACCGCUGCGUCGUCCGCAAAUUGUUGUCACACGGCGCUCCGCUACCUGAUUGGCUGAUCCAGUCAUACAAGGCAGUGGACGCAGCAGCGUUGCUUCGUCUCUACUUGAACUAUGACCUCUUGGAAGAUGCCGCUGACCUGGUGAUGGAGUACGUGGAUGCUCUGUUAGGGAAGGGACACCAGUAUUUCGGGAUAGAGAGUCCUCUGACGGCGACCUCUGCUGUCGCCACCGUCUGGCUGCCGUACACGUCCAUCGACCAGCUGCUGCAGGCACUGCAUGAGACGGACACCUCAGCAGAAAUCUACCACAAAGUCCAGGCGAAACUCAGUCACUAUCACAGAGUCCUGGACCAGACGACCCGCCGCAGACUGGCCAUCCGCUGAAACUCUUUUUAUAUUUGUCACUUUUAUAAAUGUUAAUAUGAUCCAUGUUGUCGUAAAAUAAAAAGAUGUUUUCCUGAGGUUUU